AUGAUGAAAGUUUUCUGUCUGCUUCUGGUGGUGCUCGCAUAUGCAUCUGCCAAACACAACCGACCAAAGGUUAAGAAAGUUGAGCUUUUGACCAUGGAGGACGUCGCUGAGGCCUAUAAAUACUGCCAACCUUGCUGCUUUCAUGAAGUAAACGAAGUUGUAGGCCAGGAUGUCAACGACUGUCUGUCAUGUUGCAUGAAUCCGUACAGAGUGAAAAAACCUUCCUCGUAUAGGAAAGAAUGCAAAAAGGGAUACUACAAAGAGCCGCUCUGUUCGUAUGACGAAAAGAACAAGACAUUCCAUGAACCAGGACUAAUCGAGGAGUCUAAUAAGAUCAAUAUAGGAGCCCAUACGAUGGAUCUUGAUUAUUUCUGGAAGCUGCAACCAGGAUUGCUGAAAUUCAAAUUUAAUGCUACUGAAUGA